CUCAUUUCUCCAAACAUCAAAGAAAAUGCACUCAGCAACGGCCUGCUCAUUGCUCUCCUUCAUACGGAAGCACGAGUGUAACCGCCCAGCCAUCCAACAACUACAUUCUCAUUUAAUUUUUGCGCCCGCUUGCGUUGUUUCUGCCUCCACUCCGAUCAUCUUCACUCUCUGGAACUCUAUUCUCCGGCACUACUCUCUCGGACCCUUCCCACAAGAAGCCUUCUUCCUGUUCAAGCACUUACAGCUCAAAUUGCCACCCGGGUUCUUUUUUGACAGCUUCUCUUAUUCUUUUCUCGUUAAAGCUGCCGCUAAUUUAGCCCGACCAUGUAUCGGGAAGCAAGUGCACUGCCUCACCUUUAAAUCCGGUUUUCAUCCUCAUGUUUAUGUGCAAACCGCCUUGGUGGAUAUGUAUGCGAGCUCUCGAUGUCUGGUGGAAUCACAGAAUGUGUUUGAAGAAAUGCCUGUGAGGAACAGUGUGACCUGGAAUGCAUUUAUUACUGGGCUGAGCAAGUGGGGUGAGCUUAGGUUAGCCCGGGCUGUUUUUGAUAGGAUGCAGGAGAAGAAUCUGGUUACUUGGACGGGCAUGAUUGAUGGGUACACACGAACGGGUAAGUUUAUUGAAGCGUUGUUGUUGUUCCACGAAAUGGUUGUGUCUGAGGGGAUUAAACCAAGUGAAGUUACUCUUUUAACAAUAUUCCCUGCUAUUUGGAAUGUUGGGUAUCUUGAAUCUUGCCAAAUGCUUCAUGCUUAUGGAGAGAAAAGUGGGAUCAACUCUUUUGAUAUCCGCGUUAUGAAUUCUCUUGUGGAUGCAUAUUCCAAGUGUGGGAGCAUACAGUGUGCCUCAAAAGUUUUUUAUGACAUAGCAGAUGGGAGGAGGAAUCUAGUGUCGUGGACAUCAAUCAUAUCAGGAUAUGCGAUGUAUGGGAUGGCCAAAGAAGCUUCAGAUUGUUUUAUAAUGAUGGAGAGUGCACAUGUAAGACCAAAUCAGGUCACACUUUUGAGUGUUCUACAUGCUUGUAGUCAUGGUGGUUUGGUGGAUGUAGGAGUCGAGUUUUUCGUAAAAAUGGUAAAUGACUUUGGUCUUCAACCCAAUAUUAAACAUUAUGGGAGCUUGAUAGACAUGCUGGGGAGAGCAGGGAGAUUAGAAGAAGCUGAAAGGGUAGCUUUAGAGGUACCUAAUGGGAUCUCCAAUGCUGUAAUAUGGAGAACACUUUUGGGUGCUUGUAGUUUUUAUGGGAAUGCAGAAUUGGGACAGAGAGUUAUGCAAAAGGUCCUGGAGUUGGAAAAAACAUAUGGUGGUGAUUAUGUACUGCUCUCUAAUAUUUUUGCCAAUAGUGGUAGGUAUAUAGAUUCUGAGGGGGUGAGGAGAUUAAUGGAUGAAGAAAAUGCUCAGAAGGUGCCUGGCCUCAGUUUCAGCUAACAACAAACAAAAGGUCUUGAGGGAGGGGGGUUCCUUGGGCCAACCUCACGUGAGCAAUGGGUGAAGAACCAGCCCAGGCCUGGGACUUCAUACUCCAAAAAUUGAUGCUACUGCCAAAGCUUGGACAGUUUUGCUAUUUGGGCUUGCAUGAACUAUGAAACAUGAACUAAUUGUUUUGCGUCCAUUGGUCUUUGUUAGCUCAUUUCUCUGACUCUCCAUUCCUUUUUUCAACCUGAUAUGAUAAACUCCAUGCUGGUAUUCCUUCAUUUCCCUUUGUUUGUCCAUUUCUAUUGUACAGGCUGUGUUGAUUUUAUUAGUCUUUCACAAAGUAGGAUGGCAUUCCUCAAUUAUUUAAGCCUGUGGUUCUUCAUGUAGUGUGGGUGUAGGGGUUUAGAACAUCUGCUAUUGGAUGUUUGCAUUUCUAUUGUAGGGGUUUGUAGGUGCUUUGUAGAUGGGUGUGUGGUGUUGGCUGUUUACUUACGUUUUACUGCACUGUUGUAGUGUCCUUUUGAAGGUGUUAUAUGUUUUUAUUGCACAGACAAUUUUGUGCCACACCACUCACAGUACCAUCCACCUUGGGAUGUGUUUUUCUACUUCAAAAAAAUUACAAAAGAUAUUCAAAAGCUUCUUUCAAAACUAGCCAGGAAUGUGUUUUCCAGGACGUGGAAACAACGUCAUGGGGGGGGGGGGGGGGGGGGGACCACCAAUGCUCGUAAAGCAAACUUGGGACAUCCAUGCCAGCUCCGCCCAUCAUGACAGGAGGUAAAUGAUCAAUCUACAAGAAGAGCCGUGUGGUGUCCUUUCACAGUGUAGAACCUUGGUGGGAAGCAUUGCAAGCACUUAUGACGCCUUGGAAACAUCUCUACUUCCAGGGGUAAAGGUUACAAGCUCCCUCCUAAAUCCGCUCUUCCCCGGAUAGCUUCAACUUUAUGUGUUUAACGUUUCUAAAGGUUUGUGAUAAGAGUGUACUUAUACGAUUGAGUCUAAGGUUGAGGUCGCUCAUAUGAAGGGAAGAAGAUUUUAGAAUUUUUUGGAUGUAUCACAACAGGGAGUUUAAAAAAUUAAAGCUGUAGCAAGAAAUAUUGUAGCAAGACUAAUAGGCUUAGGAAAUAAGUUAUUCUAAACCAGAAUAGGGAUAUAACCAUAAUUAUAGAAAUGACAUUCUUUCUGGCCAAUCUAGCCAUUUUGGGUUCCUGCCUUUUCCCGCCUGGGGCUCAUUACUACAUGCCGCUGAUGAGACCGUCCACAUAAUGAAUCACAUAAGGUUGUUUUGAAAAAUCUAAAAAAUCUUGUAGUUUUUUUCUUCAGCUUUUCAUUACCACCCUUGUCCCCUUUUGAGGAGUUUAAAUCUCUAAUCUCUAAUCUCUAGAAUCUUAUAAGAGUGAAUAGGAGUAAGGGUAUUUUAGGUAAUAAAAAUGUGUUUGUGUAAUGCAUAGUUGUAAGCAUUUGCACAUUCUGAUUUGACUCUUGUACACCUAGCUAAUUUAAUACGCCAUAUACAUUUUACCCCGUUCCAUCCCAUCCCUAUUAAUUAGUACAGAGUAUAUUACUUUGUCCCGUUUCUAUCUUUUUACCCCAAGGCUCAAACCAGUAUUCAGUUUAGCCCAGUGAGUUGAAAUUUAUCCCCUGCUUCCAGAGUUAGAGGGUUCAAGAAACAGUGCGAAGUAGUUUACUCCUCAGCAUGUCCCAGGCACCCAUAUGAUCAGCUAGGGUUACUCCAGCUGCCAACCGCAAAUAGCGAUGUUUCAGGGCAGGCAAGCAGGUGUGUGAAGUGUUGUGUUGCAUACGAGUAGUACAUAUCAUUUUUAUCGUUUCCAUUAGUGCAUUUAGUUUAAUUUGAUGCUAUGGUUUAAUCCCCUCAUUAUUUUUGUUUGCCGAUCUCCCUCUCAAACUCAUGUUUCGGCCCCUUAUGGUCUCACAGACUCACAGAGUCACAGUCGUGGGAAGUGCAAAGGAUAUAUAUAUAUAUUCUUUAUAAAGGAUUUUUGUUUAUUCAAAGCUUAAAAAUCUCAAGCUAUGGAAUUAGUAACAUAUUACUCACAGUCUUGGCCUCUUGGGCCGCUUAUGGUCUCAAUUUUUGUUUUAUCAUGUGAAAAAAUCUCAAUUUCAUGUUUACUGACAUCUUCUUUAGGACCUAAUUCCUUUAUGUUAAAAAUUAAUUGCUUCGGGCUGACAAGGGGUCAAUGAACAAGUAGGUACAAAAUGUGAUAAAAGCAUAAGAUGAGGUUUUGGGAUUUUUCCAUUUAUCUCGAGCUACAUCUAAAAUUCUAAACCCUGUGAGAAAAUUGCCAAAUUAUUUAGCAAGAACUUUAUCAAAUAACAAAAUCCCUGUCGGUAAAAAUAACCUUGACAAUAUAGAAAGAGUAAAACAAUAUGGAAAAUGUGUCAGACUUCGUUCAUAGAGUCUUUCGCCAUUUGAUCAUUACUUAGGUCAAUCAGCAUCGUUACCUCAUUAAAAACCUUACCAAGUAACAAAACUCAGUGGAAAAAUAAACCCCGGUUUAAGAAAAACAGUAUAAUGUAAUGGUGGGUAGGUGAAAGACUCCCCCUCUUGUCUACACCUCCCCUUGAUAUUUACAUUAAUCAGGAGAGUUCGGAAAGCUUUCACAUUCCUAUGCUCGUAUUACCAUUAGAUAUGGGCAUUAAAUAUUUCUGAGGUUUAAUGCAUCAAACCCCCUGUGAUAAGGGGGUGGACUCGGGUUCGGGCCGGGUCCGGGUCGGGCCUAGACCCGGGCGGACCGGUGGUUCAGGAAUGGUGGACUCGGGACUGGCCCGGGUAACCAUCGGGUCCCGGUCGGGCCAGGCCCAUUAUCAUUUUUUCCCUCUUCCUAAUUAACCCCCUCCCACCCCAACCCCCCAAAUCACCCCAAAUGGCCCAAAAUACCCAGCCCAACCCGAAAAUUUAAAAAAUUGAAAAAAAAUCAAUUUUGGCUCGAAUCGGGCCUUUUCGGCCGGGUUGGACCUUGUUUUGGGUGACCCGAGCCCGGACCGAAAAAACCCACAGGUCGGGCCUACCCGGAUCGGCCACUGACCAAGCCAUCGGGUCGGGCCGGGUCGGAACAGUACCGGUCUCGGGACGGUUCUGGGUCGGGCCACCCGGCCCGAGUCCAUCCAUACCUGUGAUAUGGAAAUUCGGCGCAUUAGCUCUCUAAACAAACAAAUAAACAACAUCCAAGCUAGGGGUGGACCGGUUCCGGUUCGGGCCCGGUUCGAACCUGGGCCCGGCCGGGCCUCGGUUCAUGAAAGGGGAGGCCCGGAACCAGCCCGGGUAACCUCGGGUCCGGGCCAGGCCGGACCGGGCCUCAGUUCAUUUUUUUUUGGCUUUUCCUAAUUAACCCCCAACCCUCCCCCCUCACCCCCAAACCACCCCAAAUCACCUCAAAUGGCCCAACAUACCCAGCCCAACCCAAAAACUUAAAAAAAAUUCAAAAUAAAAUAAAAUAAUAAAUUGGCCCGGAUUUGGCCCGAACCGGUCCGGCCAGUUCACUAUUUAGCAGGCCCGGGCCCGAACCGCCUACCUCACCGGGCCGGGUGGCUCGAAUCGGGCACCAACCAGUUCACCGGGCCGGUCCGGGCCCGCACAGUAGCGGGCCGGUCCGGUUCUGGGCCGGUUGGACCAGCCCGAGUCCACUCCUAACAGAAUCCCAAAAGAAUUUGGGGUCGGCUAAAUGAAUCGAUCUAUGAUAUCGAUGCCAAAAAGAGAAAGCGGACAAUAAAAGGAAAAAAAAAGUAAGAUGAAAUGAAUAAAAUAAAGAUGCAUAAAUAUAAGAUAACAAUAACACAAGAAUAUAACCAAGAUUAAAGAAAAAAUAAAUAAAUGAGCAUAAAAAAGUUAGAAAAUAAAAAUAACAUAAGAAUAUAAAAAGAUAAGAAAGAUAAAUGAUAAAACAAACAAGAGAGGAAAGGUAGACAAGACAUCAAUCGCCCACGUGGAUGUGCGCCCUCUACUUUGCUCUCUCCAACGUCAUACUCUCAUCCAACCCAAGAAGACGCAUAUCAGUUCUGAUUACGACGCAUUAGCUCCCUGUGAUUUAAAAAAUGUGUCAAACCCCUUUAUGUUUUAAUUAAUUAUGCGCAAAAUCUCUUCAAUGAACAAAUUCAAUUAUCAAAUAAAAGAAAAAUGAUUAACAUUUUUGUUAGUUUUAAAGAUUUUGACAUAUGUUGGUAGAAAAUAACCUGGGUAGAGAAUUCGGCAGCAUUUCAGUAUAGUGAGAAUAACUUAUCAGAAUACAAAGGGUUGGUGGCCUAUUUAUAGGCGUAUACAACAGGCCCACCAAUUAGAUGUUACAUGGGCUUGGCCCGAUUUAUCAACUAAUACUAACGCUAAUGGACCAGUCAACUCGAUAAGUAAUUCGAUAAUCCCGGACCAGUAUCUGCUAGUCGAACUGUGUUCUGAGCUUGGUCGGGCCAAAGCCCAGGGGUAACGGGCCAAUAUUCUUGGACUUGGCCCAUUAUCCCAACACGAGUCCCCCACUCCCUUAGUCGAGUAGUAGACUCGGCUAAAAGGGAGUAGUUAAGCUGUUUUGGAAUUGGUCCGGUUCUUGGUCCGGCUGGCCGGUCAUUAACGAGCCUUGAAUUUGAUCCGGUUGCUUGUGAAAGGAUGGAGUCUUCCUUGUUCUGACCGGGAGACCUCUUCCUUUAUUCACGAUGACGGGGUGCCUCGUUAAAACCUUACUAGGAAAAAAACCCAGUGGGAAAAAAUCCUAGUGAAGGAAAAAGAGUACACUGAAGCCUUAAAAUAAAGCAAAGGAAGGUCAAUCCCCUCGGUUCUUGAUUGAGUGCCUGCUUUACUGGUAGGCCGAGAUAUGUUCCGAAAAGACCAGUCGCAAGUUUGUUUGCCAAUGGUGUCGGUUGAGCCAAGGUAUGCUUGGAGAAGGCGGGUCGCAAUUGUAUGCUGAGGAUGGUGAUCCGGGGUAUCCUCGGGAGAUGCUAUCCACCCAGAUGUCCGCUGAUGACGGACAACCGAGCUAUGAUCUAGAAAGGUCGGAUACUAUACUAUCCACAUUGAUCCCCAUUGCUUACAAAAGGAUAGGAUUUUCCUUCAUCUGGGUAGCAGCCCGAGGUCUUGCUUAUCCUAUUAGGAGCCCGAGGUCUUGUUUGUCCGAUUAGCAGUCCGGGGUCUUGUUUGUCCAAUUAGCAGCCAGAGGUGUUGUUUAAAACCAAAUAAAUUGGUGAGCUCUCCGGCCACUACGUGCAGCUGC